AUGGCAGAGCUCCAGAUAGACCAAUCGAACUUACCCCGGGUUCAGGAAGUCUGCCAGAGCUUCGCUGUGUUGGAAGAUGGAGUGUUGGCACACACACUCCAGGAGCAGGAAAUCGAGCAGUACUACACCACCAACAUUCAGAAGAGCCAGCUGGUGCAGAAUGACAUCCGUGUAGCCAAGCAGCUUCAGGAUGAGGAGGAGCAAAAGCGGGCCUUGCAGAGAGCUGUGCUAAGACAAGAGUCCAGACAACUAGAGGAGCAGGACCAUGAGUAUGCCUGUGUAAUCCAGGAAGAGAUUCGGCGGCGGGCUGAGGAGGACUGGAGGAGGGAGCAGGAUGAUGAGGAAAUGGCUAAACAGAUGCAGGCUGAAGAAGAACGGAGGAUGAGGAGAGCCAGAGCAGAGGAGGAGCGCCGUGAAGGACGUGGAGCUACAGAGAGAACACUGACAAGCGCCCUGGACUUGGGCGACCUGCAGCAGGUCUUGUGUGAUGAGGAGCUGGCCCGCAAAUUGCAGGAGCAAGAGAGCAAGUUGUUGACAAGGGUACGGCACCAGCAAUAUAAUCAUUCCCCUCAUGGGGACUUCCGGGUAGCGCAGGUGGCCCAAGAUGAGGAAAUUGCUCGCUAUAUGCAAAAGCAAGAGAUCAAGUCAAAUCGACUAUCACGCCAGAUGGAAGGACCAGCGUCAUGGCGGGAGCACCGAGCCAUGAUGAGUCAUCACGACCGCAGAAUGGCACGAGAGAAAAUGAUGCAGAGAGAGCGGCUGGACUCGGAGGGGCUCCCUUCCCCCACUGAGGACUACUCACCUGAGAACCAGCCUCCCAGCCCCAUUUCCACACUAGAACAAUCCCAGCAAGUCCGAAACAUUGCAGAAGACUUGGACCCGACCUUCCAGGCCAAGAGCCAAGAAGCAGACAUCCUCCAAACGGGUCAAAACGGUAACGUAAAUCAGACUAAGAACGCUUUGUUUGCCGCCACCUUCAUCCCACCCACCAAGCGUCAAAAGGACAAAGCGGGACGCACUAAAUCCAAAGAAAAGAAGGAAAAUUGUAAGCAACAAUAA